AGGUGGUCCCUCUUGUGCCGGAUGGAGAUGGUGGGGGAAGGAGCCUUUGUCUUCGGCUAUGAGGAGGUUCUGACGGAUGAGGAGCUGAGGACGUGUCUGAAGGUGCUCUGCAUGUCUGCCGAGGAGUUUGCCGAGUACAAGGAUAACGAGGGGUGGGAAGAGGAUGACGAGGAGGAGGAGACUCUGACCUAUCAGAAGGUGGCUGGUCUACCAUUGUCCUGGCGCCGGAUCCUCCAUUCGGGGGCGGAGCUGGCCAUGAAGGCGUACGCCACCGAUCUGCACAGUGACCAGCGUAUCCUCGAUGACUCCGCCCACUACGCCAAGCUGAGCAGCAGGCAGAAGUAUUCUCUCCAAGUGCGCUACGGACAGAAACGCAUAUUACAGCGGCUGAUGGAGCGCACCGCCGGCUGAGGGGGCGGGCC